AUGGUUGUUGUGAAGGGCGGCGGGCAGCCGUACACCAUCGGCAACGGGCGGCAGGUCUCAUGGGAGGAGGUGCCGGAGAAGUUCAAGGAGAAGCUGCGGGAGCAGACGGAGAUCGAGAAGUGUGUGGGGAUGCGCGCUGAGGCGCAGGCGUGUAUAGAGGACCGCGGCUUUUGGGACCCAAAGUGCGUGGAGUUGACGGAGCGUUUUCACAUGUGCCAAUCCGUCGAACUCUCGCAUGACAUUAAGCGGCCAGAGGGGGCAAAGACGGCUGGGGGGGCGGCGGCGGCGGCGGCGGUGUAG